AUGUCGUACGAAACUGACGCCUACGAGCAGCGCGAUUCAGCCCGCGAUCGCUCACCCCGACGUCGCUCGCGCUCACCUCGUCGCUCUCGACGCUCGUACUCGCCGCGCAGCCGCUCGCGCAGCCGCGAAGACUAUCGCCGCAACGACCGUCGCUCGCGUUCCCCCGGUGGUGGUGGCGCAGGAGGUUAUCAAUCGUACGGAUCUAGUCGCGGAGGCCAGUCGCGGUCUGUAGACCCUGCCAGCAAAGAGACGAUGAUGCAGAGCAUCCGAGAGUCGUCCCAGCAGGACCGUCGCGUCUAUGUGGGCAAUCUCUCGUACGAUGUCAAGUGGCAUCACCUGAAAGACUUCAUGAGACAGGCCGGCGAGGUCUUGUUUGCAGACGUACUUCUGCUGCCGAAUGGAAUGUCAAAGGGCUGUGGCAUCGUGGAAUAUGCAACUCGGGAGCAGGCGCAGAACGCCGUGGCGACGCUCAGCAACCAGAACCUGAUGGGACGGCUCGUGUACGUUCGCGAGGACCGUGAGGCCGAGCCUCGCUUCAGCAACCCCAGCACCACUCGUGGAAACUUCCAAGGCGGCGGCGGCCCCGGCGGAUUUGGCGGCCCACCCCACGGAGGAUACCAAGGAAACUUUGGAGGACCACCGCAAGGCGGCGGCGGUCGCCAGGUCUAUGUGGCCAACCUACCGUACAACGUAGGCUGGCAAGAUCUGAAGGAUCUCUUCCGUCAAGCUGCCGUCACUGGAUCAGUUAUCCGUGCCGAUGUUCACCUCGCUCAAGAUGGCCGCCCCAAGGGUUCCGGUAUCGUUGCCUUCGACACUCCCGAAGACGCCCGGAACGCCAUCACCCAAUUCAAUGGCUAUGAGUGGCAAGGCCGUAACCUCGAAGUGCGCGAGGACCGCUUUGCUGGCCCGGCUGGUGGCCGUGGUGGUUUCGGCGGCGGCUUUGGUGGUCGUGGUGGUUUUGGCGGCGGUUUUGGCGGCCGUGGCGGCUUUGGUGGCCGUGGCGGCUUUGGAGGUGGCUUUGGAGGCGGCCGCGGUGGGUUUGCUGGAGGCGCGGGUGCUUACGGUGGCGGUGGUGGUGGUGCCGGUGGUCCCGGCUUCGCUGCUGAUGGUCCCUCGAACCCACCCAAUCCGUUCACUGACUACGCAACCUCUGGGGGAGAGCCUAGUAACCUGAUCUACGUCCGCAACCUGCCUUGGUCCACCAGCAAUGAAGACCUGGUCGAGCUGUUCACAACCAUUGGCGCCGUCAAGCGUGCCGAGAUCCAGUACGAGCCCAACGGACGUUCUCGCGGCACCGGUGUCGUCGAAUUCGAGAAGGCUACCGAUGCAGAGACUGCCAUCCAGAAAUUCACUGGCUACCAGUACGGCGGCAGGCCCCUCGGUCUCACAUACGUCCGCUACUCCAACCAGAGCAACGGCGACGCCAUGGAGGGCACUGAAGCUACCGGAGGCCUUACUCAGGACCAAAUCAUGUAAAGGCGCUUCGAGCGGCGUUGCCUUCAUAUUUAUGCUUGAGGUCAGUCCAAUCGUCUCAGCGUACAAGACUCCCUGUUCACAGCUUGCACACAGCUAUUCACAGGGUCAGGAUCAUUUAUUCAUCGUACGCGGCAUCUGUCUGAGAGAUCGGACAUUUCAGUGGUAAUUUGGCGAUGGGUCAUGCAUGGAGGAAAGUUUUGUGACGGAUGGAUCGGAAAAAUUUCAUACCACUUUCAUAUUGUACUUUAGAUUGAGAAAUCGUGGAUUUCAGGAAUGUGUUCUGCUGAAAGGGACGGCAUGGUUCGUUGCACGCAUUGUAGUGCUUCGUGUGAGGACAGCAUCUAGGCUU